CUUCAUACUUUAUAAAGCAGCCUGAGAGUGAGGAAACCACUGUGAAGUCCUUACAGCUGAAGUGCGCUGAGGAAAACCCGUGAGAUAACACUGAGCCAUGAGUGAGAGGCAAGGAUCCGGAGCAGUCGGUGGCAACAGCAAAACCUCUGGGGCACAAGACGCGUCUAAGAAAGACAUCCCCGAGGACUUUGACAUUGACAUGGACGCCCCUGAAACCGAGAAGGCCGCUGUCGCCAUUCAAUCGCAGUUCAGGAAAUUCCAGAAGAAGAAAAAUGAUGAAAAGUCAUAGUUGCCAGUGGACCCCUCUGUCCAAAUGGCCUCAUCAGGACAGCAUGGCUUGAUGUUGCAUGUAAUAGAAUCCAUUCUGUAUAGACUCAAGAGAGGGGAGGAUAAAUCAAGGUCGUAGUCUGUCAGUCACUGAUCUGACCUGUUAUUUCACUGCUGUAACUGGGAAAUGUGUAGUUUAUAUUGAUUUUGGUUCUCCAUUCUAGCCAAGAAUAUCUGUUUUACUAUUGGUGCAUGAUUUUCUUUUUUACCUCAAAGAGCUGGAUUGCCAGCCUGUCCUUUAUUUGUGACAGCACAAUUCAUUGUGAGUUGCUUACAAAAUUUAUUUUAGUCAGAAACUGUGAUCAUCACGUGUAAAAUAUCUAUCUAAAAAUAGCUUGUCUUUUGAAACCCAUAUUGUUGAAUAAUUCCCAUCUUAUAUUCCCAAAUCCCCACUGUUUGCUCGGGUGUCUUUAUUGAUUCAGGAUAUUGAAUUCAAAGCUGGAUGAAAUGACUUGAGAGCAUGUUUGAUUGUCUAGCUUGCUGUGGCAUAUCAUAACAUUUCUGUUCAUUUUCUUCCUUUGCAAAGGAUCAUGGCAAAAUCAUCAGCCAAAUCAAACACUCAAUGAUUUCUAUCUCACCUCAACUCAUAUCUCAUCUUAGAAUGAUUGAAACAAGAAACUAUUAAUAAACAUCCUUGAGUCUCUAGAACUGAA